CACACACAACAGCUGAGCGAAAAGGCGAGCGGACCGUACGGCUCACCCAAAGCGCACUGGAAGCGACGAGAGAAAGUAGUACCGCUUUGACUGUGGAAACGAGAGCAGAGGAGCCGAUCACACGCGGGCGGAGCAUCGGGCUGGACCGUGCACGGAACAGCGCGGCUGAGACGAGGACGCACGUCGCAGACAACACUAUGGCACGUGGAGCGUUAUAAAAUAGCUCCAUACUGGUGCGAGCAGAGCCACUACCCGCUUGUUCGAUGUGGGAUCCAGCCCUGCUGUUCUCGCCAGGCUGAAAUCCUCCAGGGUCAGGACCUCCGUCAUGGCAGCGCUGCUCCUCGGGCUGCUGCUGUUCGCCCUACAGUCCCCCCCCCUCCCCUCCAGACCCGCCACCGACCUCUGGCCCCCCACCGCUGACCCCACAACCCACCCCCCCUUCAGCUCGGACAAUGCCAACGCAACUCACCCCAACGGGACUUCCCAGCGGCUACCCCAGAUCAUCAUCAUUGGCGUGAGGAAGGGGGGCACACGGGCGCUGAUCGAGAUGCUUAGCUUGCACAGUUCUGUAGCCGCAGCGCAAAACGAGGUGCACUUUUUCGACUGGGAGGGCCACUACCAGAAGGGCAUCCAGUGGUAUUUAAGCCAGAUGCCCUACGCCUACCCGGAUCAGCUCACCGUGGAGAAAACACCGGCGUAUUUCACCUCCAGCAAAGUCCCCAAACGCAUCCAUGACAUGAAUCCUGACAUCAAACUGCUGCUCAUUCUUAGGGACCCCACUGAGCGUGUGCUGUCGGAUUACACGCAAGUUUUCUAUAAUCGUUUACAAAAACACAAGCGCUACCAGCCAAUUGAGUAUGUCCUGGUUAAAGAUGGGGACAUUAACCUGGGAUACAAGGCGUUGAAUCGCAGCCUCUACUAUGUGCAUAUGCAAAACUGGCUGCAGUAUUUCCCCAUGGACAGCAUUCAUGUUGUAGACGGGGACGAGCUGAUAAGAGACCCUUUACCAGAAAUGAAGAGAGUGGAGAGGUUUCUAAAGCUGGCGCCGCAGAUAAACGCGUCCAAUUUUUACUUCAACAAAACUAAAGGAUUUUACUGUUUGAGAGACCAUGGGAAGGAGCGCUGCUUACAUGAUUCGAAAGGCAGGACGCAUCCUCAAGUCGCCCCAGCAAUUCUGCAAAAACUUUACAAAUUCUUUCACGGACCCAAUCAGAAGUUUUUUCAGAUGGUGGGGAGGACUUUUAACUGGAAAUGAACUGUUUUCUGUACUUAAUGCUGUAGUGAAGCUAAAUAUAUUUUUGUACUAGUAUGUUUGUUACACAGGAUAUCAGGGCGCACAAUGGGUCAUGACAUGUUUAGGCAUGUCAGGCUAUACGAGCUUAUAGACACUUGUCUGACUACUUCACUGACCCAGACAGUUUAUGUAAGCGAUAAGGCUACAAGGUUAAACUCAAUCAAAUCAGAAUCACAAUUUGAAUUAGUCACAAUCCAUCACAAUUUGAAACCAGCACAUUUUUUUUUAUUUCAUUUUGUCAUAAAAACAAAUAAAAUAACUUGCAAAGAUAAUUUCAAGAAUAUAAACAACAGACUAGUUUAGCACAAAAAAACAAAAUAAAUUUCUUCCUUCAAAUUCUAAACUCUGCUCCAAACCACAUGCUUUUAUUGAGAAAGGAAUGGCUGUAAACCAUUUGAUUAAAAAGAACCAAGCUUAUCAUUCACAAUUAGAAAUGUUUGAAUCUCGAACGUAAUCAAUCAAAAUUUUGUAAACUAUACUGCCCCCUCAAAACAACAAAACUCUUGUCUAAUUUAUGCGUAAACUUACUUGCUAACCCAGUAGUUUUGACAUCUACAAACAUGUUCUGAAAUGCAUGGGAUUGUUCUAUUACUUCAGUUUGUCAGUCUGCUACCAAAUGUAAAAGACAGGUUUUAAAACAAAAAUUGCAAAUCUACUUACAACCAACAACUGAAUUUUUUUCCAACCAAUUUUAGUCCUAUAAACUUCGCAGAGCUGUCUUCACACUUAUUUAAUAGGACAUUGUAAACAUCUUACUGCAUUUUCUGUUCUGAAGGAUACUCGCCUGCUGCUAUGAUUUCUCCAGUCACUUUCAGGUACAAGUUUGUGCUUUUAAAAGUGUUAUACAAAUGCUCCACUUGUGCACAUAUGGCAUUACUAUGUUAUACUGUAACUGUAUUUUUUUCCCUUUUAUAUAAAAAAGUUAAUUAACAACUUAAUAAAGAUGUAUUUUAUUUUUAGCAAGCGUGACGUUUCUUUGUAUAAGUGUGUAAGUGUAACGAGAUAAGAAGCAAGAGAAGUGCUAUUUCCUAAGACAAAGACAAAGUAUAGAUUUUCAUUUUUUGUAUGGCCAUAAAGUAUUGCAAUAUGUUGGCAAAAUAA